GGCAUCCAAACAUUUCCCACACGUAGCCCAAUAUUUCUCCAUAGUCCUACGAAGGAAAAAAUGGAAGUAACUACAUUCGCCGCUUUAAUAUUCCUCACACUUCUCACCCUUCUUCUCAUCCUAGCAAAGCUCUCGAACCGCCGCCGCCGCCGCGCCGCCGGCCUUCCUCCAGGUCCUAAACCGUGGCCAAUCAUCGGCAACCUCAACCUCAUCGGCGCCCUCCCCCACCAAUCCCUCCACAAGCUCUCCCAACAAUACGGCGCCGUCCUGCACCUCAAGUUCGGUUCCCACCCCGUCGUCGUCGUCUCCUCCCCGGCCAUGGCGAAGCAAGUCCUCCAGACCAACGACCACCUCCUCGCCGGCCGCCCCAUGACGGCGGCCGGGAAGCACACCACCUACAACUACUCCAACAUCACGUGGGCCCCUUACGGCCCUUACUGGCGCCAAGGCCGCAAGAUAUACCUCCACGAGCUCUUCACCUCCAGGAGGCUCGAGUCCUGCGAGUACGUUCGCGUGGAGGAGAGACGCGCUUUUCUGGCGUGUCUCUUCUCCCUGCGUGGUGGUGGAGAGGUGGUCCUGAAGGAUCACCUCUCCAGGUUCACGCUCAGCGUGAUCAGCAGGAUCGUCCUGGGCAGGAAGUACUUUCGUGACGACGAUGAUGAAAUGAAUACGGUUAGAGAUGGAUCGAACGGUAGAAAAAAGAAGGACGAACUUGUGACGUUGGAGGAGUUUCAGGGGAUGUUGGAUGAGCUUUUUCUGCUGAACGGAGUGCUGAACAUCGGGGACUGGAUACCGUGGCUGGGGUUCUUGGACUUGCAGGGUUACGUGAGGAGGAUGAAGGAUUUGAAGGUGAAGUUUGAUCGGUUUCACGGCGUGGUGCUGGAGGAGCACAGGGAGGCGGCGCGUGUGGGUGGCGUGGGGAAGGACAUGGUGGAUCAUCUCUUGCGGCUGGCGGAGGAUCCUAGUCUUGAGGUUAAGAUUAACGACGACGGUGUUAGAGGCUUCAUACAGGAUCUGAUCGCCGGAGGGACAGACACAUCGGCGACGACGGUGGAAUGGGCCAUGUCGGAGCUCAUGAAACAACCCCACCUCAUCCACAAAGCCAACGACGAGCUCGACGCCGUCGUCGGCCGCCACAGGUGGGUGGAAGAAGCCGACCUGCCUCGCCUUCCCUUCAUCAACGCGAUCAUGAAAGAAACAAUGCGAAAGCACCCCGUGGCCGUACUACUUGCGCCUCAUCUUGCCUUGGACGACUGCACCAUAGGCGGCUACCACGUGGCGAAGGGAACCCGAGUGUUCAUCAACACGUGGAGCAUGGGCCGGGACCCGACCGUGUGGGCCGAGCCCGACGAGUUCAGGCCCGAGAGGUUCUUGGCUGCGGGCUUUGGCAAAGGGGUUGGCGUGAAAGGACAGAGCUUCGAGCUGCUGCCGUUUGGGUCCGGGAGGAGGAUGUGCCCUGGGUACAGUCUUGGGCUGAAGAUGAUCGAGUCCAGCUUGGCGAAUUUGCUGCAUGGGUUUAAGUGGGAGUUGGGGGGAGGUUUCACGCCGGAAAGGUUGGGGAUGGAGGAGGUUUAUGGGCUGGCUACGCCGAGGAAGUUCCCGCUUGUUGUUGUCGUCGAGCCUAGGCUUCCCGUUGACCUUUAUCGCGUUUGACUAUAUAUAUAUAUGGUGUUGAUAUCGUGAUGGUACGCGAUAACUACGUAGCGUAGGUAAGGUUUGUUCGUGCAUGGUUGGGGGAUUAGAUAUGGUCAAUAAGCUAAGGUAUCACGGGACCAAUUUGUUGGUAAUGGUGGUGUAAAACUUCACGGUGGGAUAUAUGCUACAUGCAUGAAGAUUGUAAUAAUGCACUCAUUUUACAACAAUAUAUUUCUUGUUCGCUUUAUCUGCGUGUUUGCCGAUAUGAAAAAAUCAGCUUGUAACAUAUCGAUUAACUAUAAGAGACUUAAUAGAUUUAUAAGUCCAGCU